AUGGGCGACUUCACCAAGGGACUGAAUCAGAGAAGUUCAGAUGUUUCCCGGAAACUGAAGGAAAGUUUUCUUGAGUUCCAAGCAAUGACUUGGGCGGAUGUCCACAACCAGUACGGAUCAAAGAUAAGGAUCGAAGAUGAUCAGGUUGGUUUCCCGUCGUCAGCAAAGGGACGGGAAAAGAACAAAGAAAGAUCAAAAGAUGAUUUUCACACGGACAUACGAUGUUUGAGGGCCAAUUUUAGCCAUAUGAACAGACCAAAGGAUGCGGCAGGGGGUUCCGGUCCGCAGACAGCUUCGCUACCGACAGAAGGACAGAUCGCAGUCGGAAAAAUAGAUCAUUGCAGGACAAAAAAGCGCUAUUGUGAAUACCAUGGGACGAAUGGCCAUCGAAUUGGGGACUGCCGACAUCUUCGGAAAGAAGUGGCGACAGUGUUGAAGAAUGGUCAUCUUAGAGAAUUCUUGAUUGACUGGACCAAGAACAACUAUGGUCGCAAUCGGGAUAAUACAGAACCCUCGAAAGCAGGAGAAGAUCUCCCGCGCCUGACGAUCAACAUGAUCUUUGGAGGGAACGAGUUCAACGGGGUCACCUUCUCGGCAGCAAAAAAGACAAAAGUGUUAAUAACUCAUAGUAAGAGACUCUGGGAAGUUGCCAAAUAUGAUAUCCCUUCCACGGAGGAGGACGCAAAUGGAUUGCUGCUACCGCACAACGAUUCACUGGUAAUUUAUUUAAAUGUGCUAGAUUUUAAAAUUAAUUGUGUUCUAGUGGAUCCGGGAAGUUCGGACAAUAUCAUACAAUGGAGAGUAUUGGAACAAGCCAAACUCACCAGAAGCAUCAUUCCGGCAACAAAACUCCUCGUCGGAUUCAACCUCGCGAGCGUGACAAUCCGAGGAGAGAUUUUGUUGCCCAUGAACACCGAACGAGUGAUGAAAAUGAGUCAUUUUGAAGUGGUAGAUGGUGAUAUGGGAUAUAAUAUUAUUCUUGGAAGACCAUGGUUACACGAGAUGAGAGUUGUACCAUCAAUGUACCAUCAGUUGAUGAAAUUUUCAACACCCGAAGGAAUUAAACAGAUCAGGGGCGACCAACCGGUGGCAAGGGAGAUGAAUGCAAUUUCGAUUUCCAGUAGCAAAGGGAAGGAACACGCGGCAUAG